GAUAUAGACAUCUUGAGACAAUAGACCAGCCAUUUUCUUGGGAUGCCGAGGCCACCCGUUUUAGGAUUUCCUCCGUGCGGCUCAAAACCGCUACUGAAUCUUGUGUUUGUAUGUAACACAUGAAUCAGUUAUUUCUCACACACAUAGUGUACAACCCAUACAAAUAAAUAAAUAAAUAAUAGUGUACAAAACUCUUCCAAUUUUUUUGAAAAGAAAAACGCUAAGUUUUGCUUUAUUCAAGAGCAUUUGUGUCUCUUAGACUGCCACCAACGGCAAUGACCACAUUAAACAAUAACUCCUUGAAUCGCCAUUUGUCAGAGGAGGAGGCGUCUCAGUUCCCUCAUUGGUAUUCACCCGAAACAGGCAUUUGCAAUAGUAUACACCCCUCAAGACACCUCCCAUCAGACCCUUUUCUUGAUGUUGUUUCUUUCAUCUUCUCAGACCAACACAAUGGGGUUUCAGCUCUCAUUGAUUCUUCAACUGGGUAUUCAAUAUGCUACCCACAACUCUACCGGUUGGUCCAGUCUAUGGCCUCUGGUCUCCAUUCUAUGGGUAUCUCCAAAAACGAUGUCGUUUUGGUUAUGCUACCAAACUCCAUUUACUAUCCGGCUAUCUUGCUUGGAGUCCUGUACCUUGGUGGUGUUGUCACAACAAUGAACCCUCUUAGCAGUAAGACUGAAAUAAGGAAACAAGUUACUGACUCCAAGGCUUGUCUUGGUUUUGCUCAGUCUGGGAAAGUCGAGUUCUUGCAUGAGUUGGGAGUUACUCCAAUUGAGGUACCUGAAAAUUUCAACUUGGAUUUGAACUGGGGUCGUUUUUCAUCUUUCUCUAAGCUUAUUUCAGGUGAAUUUGAUUUGGUUCCAAGGCCAUUGAUUAGGCAGCAAGAUACAGCUGCAAUAAUGUAUUCUUCAGGCACCACAGGUGCUAGCAAAGGUGUUGUGUUAACUCAUAGAAAUUUCAUGGCCAUGGUUGAGCUUUUUGUGAAGUUUGAGGCUUCACAAUAUCAAUACUCAAGUUUGAAGAAUGUGUAUAUAGCCAUUCUGCCAAUGUUUCAUAUAUAUGGGAUGUCUCUUUUUGUAAUGGGACUUUUUUCUUUGGGCUCCACCAUUGUUGUUAUGAAGAAAUUUGAUAUCAACGAGGUAGUGAAGGCCAUAGAAAGAUUUGGGGUGACACACUUCCCUGCUGUACCACCAAUAUUAACAGCCUUGACAAAGACCGCAAAGACUGUUAAUGGAGAAAAAUUUCAGAGUUUGAAGCAGGUUUCAAGUGGGGCAGCACCUUUAAGCAGAAAACUCAUAGAGGACUUUGUGGAGAUCUUUCCUCAUGUUGAUUUCAUUCAGGGGUAUGGCAUGACGGAAUCUACUGCAGUAGGGACCCGUGGCUACAAUACUAAGAAGUUUCAUAAUUUUUCUUCAAUAGGAUUUUUAGCGCCCAAUAUGCAAGCCAAAGUGGUGGAUUGGACUACUGGGUCCUUCUUGCCUCCCGGUAGUAGUGGUGAACUUUGGUUAAGGGGGCCAGCAGUUAUGAAAGGAUACUUGAAUAACGCAGUGGCAACUAUGUCCACAAUAGACAAGGAUGGUUGGCUACGUACUGGAGACAUUGUUUACUUUGACCAAGAUGGAUUUUUGUAUAUAAUUGAUCGGCUGAAAGAGAUUAUCAAAUACAAAGGCUUUCAGAUUGCUCCUGCGGAUUUGGAGGCUGUGUUAAUUUCCCACCCUGAGAUACUUGAUGUUGCCGUGGCAGCUGCAAAAGAUGAAGAAUGUGGGGAAAUACCAGUGGCAUUUGUGGUUAGGAAGAAUGGAAGCUUGCUCUCAAAGGAAGUUGUUAUGGACUAUGUCGCUAGACAGGUUGCACCCUACAAGAAAAUCAGAAAGGUGGUGUUUACACAUUCGAUUCCAAAAUCUGCAGCUGGGAAGAUCCUUCGGAGGGAACUUGGGAAACUUCUGACUUCUAGGCUCUAAGAGCUUACUUUUGUUAUUAUUAAAAUUUUCUCAAUACUUACAUGAUUGUAAAAACGAUAUAUUGAUUCAAAAAUUGUAAUACCUAUUGUUUUCUGGAUUAACAAUGAAGCAGUGAUCAUUGAAUUUGA